AUGGCUAAGCAGCAAAAAGACGCAGAGGUGAUCGAGUUUGCCAGAGGUCUCAAGGGUACGCCCUGGUGCGAUGAGUACGAGAAGAUGAUCUCAGGGAUGCUUUACAACCCGUCACUUCCCAAACUUCUUGAGGGCCGCCACAAAGCUCGGGGCCUGUCUUACAAGUUUAACAAUCUCGAUCCAAACUCCGGAAACUAUGAGGAGAUUGAAAACAAGCGAUUCGAAAUUCUAUCCGAAUUACUAGGAAAGGUCGGCAGCGGCACUUUCAUCGAGGCACCAUUCUUGCCUGACUACGGCAGUAAUGUCUCCAUCGGAGAGAACUGCUUUAUGAACUUUGGUCUCACAAUCCUGGAUACCAGUCUUGUUAUCAUUGGCGACCGUGUGCAAAUGGGCCCAAACGUGCACAUCUACACUGCAGGCCAUGAGACAAGCGUGCUCUCCAGGAUCAAGUUCGUGGAGUUUGGACAUGUCAUCCGCAUCGAGGACGAUUGCUGGAUUGGAGGCAAUGUCGUGAUUCUCCCAGGGGUUACUAUCGGCCGUGGCUGCACUGUCGGGGCGGGAGCUGUGGUGACCAAGAGUAUACCCGCUUACUCGAUUGCCCUCGGUGCCCCCGCCAAGGUGGUAAAGAAAAUACAGUCUGUGGAGGAGGAGAUGGAGGAUCCUAAUAAUCCAUACCGUAACAUGCCUGACAGACAAUGA